CGAUUUUGUUGGAUUGCUUCGGUCUGGAAUUUGGUGUCGGGAUCUGAUUCUGUGCUGUCUGCAAGCACCACGUCUCUUAUGCAACCACUUUUCUCUAUUCUUCAUCAUCUUCAAUCAAACUAUAGCUUUUCAUCUUCAAUCAAACUACAGUGCCCUGUCUUUUGUUCCGUAUAUUCAGUUCUACUUUCAAAUCGAUUUCUUCAUCCUUUUUAUUUCAAUUCUAUUUCUACUUUUUAUCUGUAUAUGUCAAUCGCCAAAUUUCCAGUUUGAUUGAGGGCUGUAGAUGUUUGGGAAUUUGGUCGAGGACAAGCCGAAGAUUUUACGUCGAUCAGUACAUUUCGGAUUGAAUUUUUUUGUAAGAUUAGUUAUUUUUUUUGUAAGAUUAGUUAUUUAGUUUUGUCGGAGAUGAUUCCGGUUGGGGGAAUUACGUGUUGCCUGAGUGCUGCGGCGCUAUAUCUUCUGGGGAGGAGCAGUGGAAGAGAUGCUGAUGUUCUGAAGUCUGUCACUCGAGUGAAUCAGUUGAAGGACUUGGCUCAAUUAUUGGAUGCGGCAAGCAAAGUGCUGCCGCUGGUUGUCUCUGUGUCAGGGAGAGUUGGCUCGGAGACACCUAUUAAUUGCGAGUACAGUGGUUUACGGGGUGUAAUUGUCGAACAGACGGCAGAGCAGCAUUUUCUGAAACACAAUGAUGCCGGAUCUUGGAUACAAGAUUCAGCUUUGAUGUUGUCCAUGUGUAAAGAAGUUCCCUGGUAUCUUGAUGAUGGUACAAGUCGUGUCCACGUUGUUGGAGGACGUGGUGCCACAGGUUUGGUGCUUACAGUAGGAAGUGAAGUGUUUGAAGAGUCUGGACGAUCACUAGUGCGUGGAACAUUGGAUUAUCUUCAGGGCCUAAAGAUGCUUGGAGUCAAGAGAAUUGAACGUGUCCUGCCUACUGGCACGCCCUUGACAAUUGUCGGCGAGGCUGUUAAGGAUGAUAUUGGGUCGGUUCGAAUCCAGCGACCACAUAAAGGCCCUUUUUAUGUCUCUGACAAAACUAUUGAUCAACUGAUUGCGAAUCUUGGGAAAUGGUCAAGAUUGUACAAGUUUGCAUCAUUGGGUCUCUCAUUGUUCGGGGUUUAUCUUGUUGCUAAGCAUGCAUUCCAAUUUAUCAUGGAGAGAAGACGUCAUUGGGAAAUGCGAAAGAGGGUUCUUGCUGCUGCAGCUAAGAAGGCUGCUGGGCAAGAGGAAGGAGCAGAUUUAAAUGGCAAGGCUGAGAGUGGAUCAGAAAACACCAAUAAAGACAGACUCAUGCCAGAUUUAUGUGUGAUAUGUUUGGAGCAAGAAUACAAUUCCGUUUUUGUCCCGUGUGGCCAUAUGUGCUGUUGUAUGACAUGUUCUUUGCACCUGACGAACUGUCCACUAUGUCGAAGACGGAUUGAGCAAGUGGUGAGGACUUUCCGGCACUGAGAUGGCUGCUCGAAUACAUCCCCCUCGCAUUGCAUAUCCUGUUGCAUACCGUUGUUGUGAGUGGUUAUCUGGAUCUGCUCAUCUUUCUUGUACUAGUGUUAUAGAUUUAUCUCCCUUUAAACUGUACAUAGAGAGAGCACCAAAUUCAUGGUACAUGCGUGACCAUGCGUCGAAUACUAUGGUUUUGGAAUUAAACCCUAAUGUUGUUUAAUUUAAUGUAGAUUGGAGAAUCUCUACCGCAGUGCGGAGUACUAUAUUGAACUUAGCUAUUUUUGUAUCGAAUGCAUUAUUACAAUUCCCAGUGUUUUAA